AUGGUUGUGUGUAUAUUUCAAACGAUCUUUUAUCUCUAUCUUUUGGAUUUCAUCAAUGCCAGUGUCGAAACUUUACAUUUCGAAAGUGGUUGUCUACGAGACUCGAAUAUGAUUCAACUACAUCUCCGUUGUUCACUAUACGAACAUAUCAAAAUCAUUCGAGUUAUUUAUGGUUAUUCAAAGCAACGAUCCACUCAUCAAUGUCAAUUCAGCAUCUACGAUUGUAUACAAGAAGGUGCAAGUCGAGCGAUUCUGUCAUGCCAUGGCAAACAAACGUGUAUUAUUAAUUUAACAAAGAAGGAGAUUCUUUCGACAACAGUGACAACCAAAGGUGUACCUGUGUGUUCGGAUUUUAACUAUGUUCAAGUGAACUUUGCUUGCAUUCCUGAUGCGAAUGACAUUUGCGAUAGUUGGAAAGACACGGGAGCUACUGUUCACUUAAGUCAUACACGUUCACGAGAUAAGCAAUUUAAUGAAUGUCAAUGUAAAGUACGAUCAUCGUUAUCCAACGGACAAGUAUUGCUUCAAGCCAAAGAAAUUAAUCGACAAUUCGACAAUUCCGAUGAGAGUCAUUCAUCGAAAUCUUCGAAUACAGAUUGUCGAAAGACAACUUAUUUAGAAAUCGCCACUGAUCGUUCCGAACGUAAGUGUAUGGAUAAUCUACCAUCAAAUGGAAAUGCACUAUUCGGUUCUGGUUCCCAUAAUUUCACUCUUACAUACAUUCGCAACGAUCCAUUCUCGGAAUUGUUCUUCUUUUUUGAAUUGAAGGCAAGUCCGGUGAAAAAAGAUCAUCAUGUCCAAAUUGUUUGUAAUUGGGCUAGACGUACAACAACAACAGUACGUACAACAUUACCUAAGGCACGUCGACGGAAAUUGACAACCAUUAGUGUACUACGUGGUGGACGGUUAAGUCGACUUGAUCUCAUUCGACAUCCAUUCGCAUCAGAAAAUGAAAUCAAUAGAUCUGACAAUGAUGACGAAGCCAUAAUUGAGAAUGACGACAACUCUAUUAUAAAUAACAACGAAGGCGAAGAAGAAGGAGGAGAAAAUACAAUAGAAUCACCGAAGCCAAACAAAAGAAAAUUAUCCAUAACUGACUCGCCCGUAUUGAUCACAACAACGGCAAGUUUAUCUGCCGAUGGUGAUGACGAAUGGUCUCGAAUUUCAUCCAUAGUUGAUACCGAAUCUCCUGCCUCGUCGGAACACUUAUUUUCGCUAGAUAACGACACAUUGCUUAGUUCUGCUCAAGCUUUAUUUACAUCAGCUGAACAAAACUCUCGUCAAAAAGUCACUACAAAGAAAUUUCUUGUUAUUCUUCUUUUGACUACAUUCACCGUCCUAUUUCUCUUCAUUCUCUACUGUCUCAAAGUGAAACAACCGAAGUUUAUCCAACGUAUGAAACUUCAACUCAGUGUUGCUUUCCUAUUCUGUUGCGAAGCUAGUAAACUUCUAUUCUCUACCUCGCAUAACCCACAGUCGAUGUCCCCUACUUCAUCAGAUACACUAACACAUCGUCACCACCAUUCAUCGCCGAUGGUUGAUUAUCAAUCAAGUGCAUAUUACAUGAAUGGCACAGCAAACAAUUGUCGUACUAUACAAAGUAUUUACGAAUACGAUGAUUAUGGUGAAAAAUCCAUUUAUAGUAUCUAUACCGAUAAUAAUAUGUCCGACGGGUCGGAAUAUACGACUAGAUAUGAUCGUUAUCAAAGUGGAGAUACUUGUUAA